AUGUUGUUAUGCAACAGACUUGCCAUCGCUAUUGAGGGAAAAGAACCAAUGGUGCCAAGUGUGGAGCGUCCAUCAUCGGAGACCGAUGGAGCGCUGACGGCAGCCCACUGCGUCGCAGGCUCCAGUGGUCCGGCAGACCUAUCGCUGCGGGCUGGUACCGUGUCUCAUGAACUGGCGGGCUGGGUGAUCGGCGUUGACUUCAUUAAGGCACACCCGGAAGCCAAGCUAUGGAGGAACGACAUCGCGCUCUUACGCGUGCCGAGAGACUUCCCUUUCGGAACCGAAGUCCAGGCUGUUGCACUGGCAGAAUCUCCCAUAACACCUGGUUAUUCAGCGACUGUGGCUGGAUGGGGCCGCACAAACGUCAACGAGAGUUUCUCAUGGUCGCUGCUGAACACCACAGUUACUGUAUCGACCAGUAGCAAGUGUGAAAAGGAUUUCGGAUUCAACAUAACUUCAGACAUUCUGUGUGCCCGACCUAAGACACCAAGCACGGAUAUCUGCGAAGGAGAUGGCGGCGGAGCACUGACGAAACAUGGAAUUCUGUACGGUAUUGUGAUAUAUGGAAGAUGCUUAGAUGAUGUCAGCCAAAAUAGUCUGUACGUCAAUGUUUCAUAUUUCUAUAACAGGAUCACAGAAGCGACAGCACUUGAACCCUUAUGA